AUGCUGGCCCUGCCACCAGUGCAGCUGCUGCGGCAGCUCCCGAUGGUGACAGCUGGGAGCUCAAAACCACUGGUGGGUGAUGAUGCGGCCGAGGAGGUGACGAGCCCCGUGCUGGCCACCGAGGCUGGACAACCUGCUUGCUACAGUGCCCUGCAAGCCGAUGAGCUGCGGCCACUUGCCAACCCUGAGCCCAUGGUCGCCACUGGCACCAGGCCACCACCACGGCAUGAUGACCUCAAGGAGAUGCUCGAUAGCAACAAGGAUUCGCUCAAGCUGGAGGCCAUGAAGAGGAUCGUGGCGAUGAUCGCCCGGGGUAAAAAUGCCUCUGACCUCUUCCCGGCUGUGGUGAAAAAUGUCGCCUGCAAGAACAUUGAGGUGAAGAAGCUGGUUUAUGUCUACCUGGUGCGCUACGCAGAGGAGCAGCAGGAUCUGGCUUUGCUCUCCAUCUCCACCUUCCAGCGAGGACUCAAGGACCCUAACCAACUGAUCCGCGCCAGCGCCCUGCGGGUCCUCUCCAGCAUCCGUGUGCCCAUCAUCGUGCCCAUCAUGAUGUUGGCCAUCAAGGAGGCCGCCUCGGACAUGUCCCCAUACGUGCGCAAGACAGCUGCCCAUGCCAUCCCCAAGCUGUACAGCCUGGACUCAGACCAGAAGGACCAGCUCAUCGAAGUCAUUGAGAAGCUGCUGGCAGACAAGACAACGCUGGUGGCCGGCAGCGUGGUGAUGGCAUUUGAGGAGGUCUGCCCAGAGCGCAUUGACCUCAUCCACAAGAACUACCGCAAGCUCUGCAACCUGCUCAUCGACGUGGAGGAGUGGGGCCAGGUGGUCAUCAUCAACAUGCUGACCCGCUACGCACGCACCCAGUUCCUCAGCCCCAACCAGAACGAAUCCUUGUUGGAGGAGAGCGCCGAGAAAGCUUUCUACGGCUCCGAGGAGGAGGAUGCCAAGGACGCCAAGGCAGAGGCGGCCUCCUUGGCCAAGCGCAAACCCUACGUCAUGGACCCUGACCACCGCCUGCUCCUGCGCAACACCAAGCCCCUGCUGCAGAGCCGCAAUGCCGCGGUGGUGAUGGCUGUGGCGCAGCUCUACUUCCACCUGGCACCCAAGGCAGAGGUGGGCGUCAUUGCCAAGGCGCUGGUGCGGCUCCUGCGGAGUCACAGCGAGGUGCAGUACGUUGUGCUGCAGAAUGUGGCCACCAUGUCCAUCAAACGGCGGGGGGGGCUCCGGGGGAUGUUUGAGCCUUACCUGAAGAGCUUCUACAUCCGCUCCACAGAUCCCACACAGAUCAAGAUCCUCAAGCUGGAGGUCCUCACCAACCUGGCCAAUGAAACCAACAUCUCCACCAUCCUGCGGGAGUUCCAGACCUACAUCCGCAGCAUGGACAAGGACUUCGUGGCAGCCACCAUCCAAGCCAUCGGGCGCUGUGCCACCAACAUUGGGAAGGUGCGGGACACCUGCCUCAACGGCCUAGUCCAGCUCCUCUCCAACCGGGACGAGCUGGUGGUGGCUGAAUCCGUGGUGGUCAUCAAAAAACUGCUGCAGAUGCAGCCGGCCCAGCACAGCGAGAUCAUCAAGCACAUGGCCAAGCUCACCGACAACAUCCAGGUGCCAAUGGCGCGGGCCAGCAUCCUGUGGCUCAUCGGCGAGUACUGUGAGCACGUGCCCAAGAUUGCCCCCGACGUGCUGCGCAAGAUGGCCAAGUCCUUCACCAACGAGGAGGACAUCGUUAAGUUGCAGGUCAUCAACCUGGCAGCUAAGCUCUACCUGACCAACUCCAAGCAGAGCAAGCUGCUGACCCAGUACGUCCUCAACUUGGCCAAGUAUGACCAGAACUAUGACAUCCGCGACCGAGCGCGCUUCAUCCGCCAGCUCAUCGUGCCCACUGAGAAGAGCGGGGCCCUCAACAAGUACGCCAAGAAACUCUUCCUGGCCCAAAAACCUGCUCCCAUCUUGGAGUCCUCCUUCAAAGAUCGGGAUCAUUUCCAGCUGGGCUCCCUGUCCCACCUGCUCAACGCCAAGGCCGUGGGCUACCAGGAGCUGCCUGACUGGCCGGACGAGGCCCCCGACCCCUCUGUGAGGAAUGUGGAGGUUCCUGAGUGGACCAACCCGAGUUGGUCAGCGAGGAGAAAAAGCUCCAGCUCUGGCAGCGAGGAGGAGGAGGAGGAGGAGGAGGAAGAGGAGGAGGAAGGCAGAGGGGAGCAGUCGGAGGACAAGGAGGAGGAGGAGACGACGAGGCCAAAGAGGAAGGAGAGGGAAGGCUCCCAGAAGGCAGCUCUGGGCAGCCCCAGUGAGGAAGAGGAAGAGGAAGAGGGGGCAAAGAAGGCCAAGAAGAAGAAGACACUGCAGGGGAGGAAGGGACAUCCUGAGACCUCAUCAGAAGAUGCCAGUGCCUCUGAGAGCAGCACCUCGG